AAGGAGCCAGAGCUCCUCCAUCUUGACACUGCACAACCUGGGCACCCGAUAAGGCUGGUGUCCCCAGCUGACAUCCUGCCUGAGCAUGGGCAGGGGACCCAGCGAGGCACAGAGGGCUCUUAUCAGCAGCCUGCAGCUGGCCAAGGGGAGGGGAGAUGCGGGGAUUCCCACGAGGCAUCUCUGCAAACAGCGUGGGGACAGUGUGGGAUCGCUCCUUUCCAGCCACGAUCUGACGAGGUCCAGAGAGCAGAGAGAAAACUGAAGGUGUUGGGACCCAUCGGAGCCCUUCACUCCCACUGUCAGCCCGCAUUUCCACUUCCAGCAGGGAAGUGAUACUCUGAUGCUCUGCAGAAAUGCUCAUUUCCAAGAUGGAGGGAGAAGAGAUGGAGACCCCGGCCAAUGAAGAGGAGGAGAGGAGUGAAAGAGCUGAUGUCACCCUGGACCCGAACACUGCCAACCCCUUCCUCCUCCUGGAUGCUGAUGGGCGAGAUGUGAGACGUGGGGAUGUGUGGGCAUCCCUGCCCGAUGGCCCCGAGCGCUUCGGCACGGAGCCGUGUGUGCUGGGUGACCGCGGCUUCUCGUCGGGGCGGCACUGCUGGGAGGUGGAGGUGGCUGAUGGAGGUGACUGGUGGGCGCUGGGGGUGGCCCAGCAUUCUGUCAGGAGGAAGGGAGUCCUCAGUUUUACCCCCCAGGAGGGGAUCUGGGCAGUGGGGCAGUGGUUCGGGCAGUACUUCGCUUUUACCUGCCCUGACUGGACAGCCCUGCACCUUGCCCAGCUGCCCAGGGCCAUCCGGGUCUGCUUGGACUGUGGGGGCGGGCAGGUGGUAUUUGCUGAUGCUGAAAGCAAGGAGCAGAUCUUUGCUUUCUGCCUGGACUCAUGUCCUGGGGAGAUGUUUUACCCAUGGCUUUGGGUGGGGAGGGACUCGUGGCUGAAGCUGUGCCCCUGAUGUGGAGGGAGCCUGGAGGGCAAAACUGGAAAGAAGGAAACCAUCAGCCUGUUUUACUGGGCAGAAAUCUUUGCAAUCCCAACAUCACAAUAAAAGGGAGAAAGAAGCAGAUACCAGAUACCCGUCCAGAACAUCACCAGCAUCCAGAGGAGAUAAACAAACAGUGUGUUUUUGUGGGAUCCUGGGUAACAAAGCUCUCGUGCACUUCAGCCAUUUUGGCACUAUAAAGUGAGGGGGGAAGUUUCUUGUGUGUGUGUUGUUUAUAAUAAUAAACUGAGUGUCUGAAAGAGGCUUCCCCCAAAUCCCAA